CCACCGCCGGUCGCGUACCUUGCUCUCGCGGUCUCCGGCUACGCUUCGUCCACGCCAUACCUGUUACGAGUAGAAAGUUCCUCGGACCGGUGGUCGAGACACGAUGGAAACACGUGGAAAGAUAUCUCGCGCGAACGCGACGGCGACGUGAUCGAAUUAGAGUCAAAAUCCAAAUAACCAAUCGACAGAAACAUUGAUUCCUCGAAGAGAUCCUCCGCAACGAUUACCAAUGAGAUUCUAGAUCGGUUCCGGUGACAUGUGGCCCCUUUCCAACGAACAACGCACGCUCGAGAGCGGCGCAGUCGACGAAUGAACCGCAAUUAAUCCGUUCCCGAUCGAGCACGUGUAUCCUGGCGCGACGAGGUUUCUAAUUUUCUAAAUGAAAAUUCGUUCGCAGCAUGAUGCUCUCGCAUUCUAACGUUCGCUUAGAAUCCCUUCCUUGAGUUCACGAGAGGAAAGUGUGAUCUUUCGUUUGAAUUUUAUCCAGUGACUCCCGAACUUGAAGAACAAAUCCUCCCGCGGCCGAUCGCGAUCGUUUCGCCAACGCCGAGCAAUCCCGUCCGAGUAGCACGGCACGCAUUCGGGGAUCAUUAAUAGCCACUUCACGAGAGCGUGCGAGGAAAGUUAUCGGGAAGUUCGCGCGGAAGGGUAUGACGUUGAGGCGCGGGAGAGUGAUGACGAUGGUGCGCGAGGUGCGAGAGUAUCGUAACAAUUUCUCGCCGUUCCGCGGAGGAUAUUUCUCGUGCCUGCGAAUCCAACGCUAACCAGCCUGCCACUUGAGCAACGCAUUCGGAACGCGAGCUGCCCGAAUACGUUUCACUCGUUAAACGGAAAGUUGUAAAUCCUCUGAAGAACGGUUGAAAUAAAUAUCAAGCGACGAGAAGCAAGGGCUCUUAAAUUGAGACCUUUCGCGUUCACGUUAAUCCGCGCUCGCGAGAAACCGUGUAAUUAAUCAGCGGGUGCCAACCAAUUAACGAAACCGUGGCCUGUACACCUGGAGGAGCGUGGCCGACGAUGGGAAAUCGGGUCGGAGUGAGCGACGCUGUGAAAGGGUGCAUCGGUUUGUUGUGAGAGACAGGAAAAAGAGGAUGGUCUGGAUGAACGUCCCCGCUAGUUCGUGAUGCCGUUGGAAGAGCGGGAUACUCGUCGGGCAGUUGUCGGUCGGAGGUGCACCGAGUCUCGAAGCAAUUAGCAGCGACCGCGCCGGCAAUCAUGAAUCGAUCUAUCUGCAUCAGUUACGCCUUAUCGGCUUUAAUCCGCUAAAAGGAAGGGCCGGGGAUCGUUAAAGCCCCUCGAUAUCGGCACAGGAGGGCCCCGAAGCCGCUGAGAACAUGCUGGACGAGCUCGCGAGAUACUCGUAAAAGCGUGAUGACGAAGACAUCGCAAAUUGCAACGCGAAUCCAGUUAUUAAAAUAACUGGAACGAGCAAGAGGUCUGGAAAUAACUCAAUUAAAGGGAAACAUGGUGUAGUCGGGGUUCCGGAAGCGACUGGAGUGUCAGGCACGAGAACACCUACCUUCAGCGGGAACGAAAAGAAGAGGAGAAGUCCCUAGAAAUGUGCUCGUGGAACUGAUCGAAAUCGGAUCGGUCUCCAGUCAGUUUCGCCCGGUGUUCGCCGUUGAUCUCGCGAUUAAGCUGUGAUAACCACGAUGUUGGAAGAGAUGGAGAUCGGCUGGGACAGUAUCCUGAUGAACUCGUCGGACACCGGGUAUCCGAUGAGCAACCACACCGUCGAUUACAGCUUCGACCGGCAAAGGGUGCAGAGGAUCGUCGCGGUCGUGGUCCCGUUGUUCUUCGGGAUGAUCGGUAUAUUGGGUUUCGUCGGCAACUGUCUAGUGGUAAUCGUCGUCGCGGCGAAUCCGGGAAUGAGGUCGACCACGAACAUUCUGAUCAUCAAUCUUGCCGUGGCCGAUCUGCUGUUCGUCAUUUUCUGUAUACCGUUCACCGCGACCGAUUUCGUGCUGCCGUUCUGGCCGUUCGGCAACGUCUGGUGCAAGAUCGUGCAGUACCUCAUCAUCGUCACCGCGUACGCCAGCGUGUAUACUUUGGUCCUCAUGAGUCUGGACAGGUACUUGGCAGUGGUUCAUCCGGUCACGUCGAUGUCAUGGCGAACCGAAAAUCGCACGAUCCUCGCGAUUUGCACCGCGUGGGCGAUCAUCUUUGCGAUUUCUACCCCUGCCCUCGUUAUUCACGGCGAGGACAUGAACGUCUCAUCGUCGCAGAACCUGACGGCCUGUCGAAUCCUGCCGGACUACGACUGGCCGUUCUUCCAAAUAUCGUUUUUCCUGACGAGCUACCUGCUGCCACUGAUGCUGAUAUGCUUUUUUUACAUUUACAUGCUCGUCAGGCUCUGGCGUCGGUCCCGCGUCAGCGCCGAGAGCCGGCGCGGCAGAAGACGCGUCACGAGGCUGGUGUUCGUGGUCGUCGGCGUUUUUGCGUUUUGUUGGUGCCCCAUUCAGGUGAUCCUGGUGACUAAGUCGCUGGACUUGUAUCCAUUGACAACGUCGACGAUUAUGGUGCAAAUAACGAGCCACAUUCUGGCUUACAUGAACAGCUGCAUCAACCCGAUCUUGUACGCGUUUCUCAGCGACAGUUUCCGGAAGGCUUUUCGGAAAAUUAUAUACUGCACGCCUCGGCCGGAUCAAAACAGGCAAUUGGGACCAUUGACGAGGACUACGAGAGCUUCUAGUACUGGAGAUAUACUCUAGAUUGCGAAUCCUCCGACAGGAAAAUUCGUCCAAAUUAUCCGGGUAAAUUAAAGGACAGCAUCGGCGUUCGCGCGUGCACGGGGCGGUUCUUCGCAAUUCCGAACGUGCCGCUCGACAAUUAUAGCCAUCGUUUCGCGAAACAUUUAUGGUGACGUACGUUUUAUCUUCCUAAUUAGCGGACGCGACACCGCGAUUAAUCCAGGCGCGGCGUCGCUCGAUUUUUCGACCUGUGCUGCGGUCGUACGCGAAUUCAAACCGGAAGUCAAGUUCUCCGUCUUGGGCGAAGGUGAAAUUUUAUAGUCGUUAGUGGACUUCGGAUCUUCGUGCACUUAUUCCAUAAUAAGUAUGAAAUAUAACUAACACCAAAAUUCGCAUCGAAAAUAGAAGCAAAACGUGUAUAAUCACAAUCGUUGAUCUCGAUUCCAACAAUUGAUGCUUUUACAUUCUCCCACUAAGCUACGUCGAAUAAAUAUUAACACGUUGAACGCCGCGGGGGUCACCGGUGACCCCCAACUAAAUCGAAUCACUAUAGUUCACUCAAUUAAAUGAUGGUUAUUUGAAAACAUUUCUAUAUUACAAAUA